AUGCUUCAAACAGAACAUGAUCGUUUAUCAAAUUUAAGUGAAAAUUUACAUAAAAAAAUUGUUGAACAGGAUAAUGCUAUUGACACUGUUGUUAAAGCUAUUCUAAAAAGACCAAUUGGUGUUGGUAAAAAAGAAUUAGCUAAAACAUUAGCAUUAGAAUUUUUUGAUUCAACACAAUCGAUAAUUUAUGUUGAUAUGAGUAAAUAUUCUGAAGUUGAUUCGAUUGCCCAAUUAAUUUAUGCACCAUCAGAUUAUAUCGAUUAUGGUUCAUUAAUAGCAGCUGUUCGACGAAAAUCUUACGCCUUGAUUAUAUUAGAGGACAUUGAAAAAGCUCAUCGACAUAUGUUGAAUAUUUUCUCACAAAUUUUAACUGAUGGUUAUUUUAUUAACAAAAACAGUCAAAAAGUCGAUUUUAAAAAUACAAUUUUUAUAUUUACAUUGAAAAUAGAUACACCAUUUAUUUUUGAAGAAAACGAAAAUUCAUUAUCAACAACAGAAAAUUUCGAUGAAGCAUCAUUUCAAAGUAUAAAAGAUCAUAUGCUGAAACAAGUUCAUUCAUGUUUGCCAUCGGAAUUUUUGAAUCGUUUGGAUGGUAUUGCAUUCUUUCAUACUCUUAACUCUAAUCAACUUUCAUCUAUUGUUCAUCUUCAAUUAAAAUCGUUGGAAGAACAUUUGAAAGAACAAAAUAUUACAAUAAAUUGGACAGAUAACGUUGUUCAAUCAAUUUUCAAAAAAUCUUAUAAGCCAGCUCAUGGUGCUCGUCCACUAAGAGAAUAUUUCGAAAAACAUAUAGCAGCUGAAUUUUCAAAAUUUUUAAAUGAUAUGAAAGUUGAACCAAAUAAUCAUAUUGCCAUUGAUAUUGAUUCUGAUGAUCAAUAUAAAUUUCAUAUUCAAGAACCAACAAGUGCUAGUUAA